AUGGAGAGUGAAGAGAGCUUUUUGGUGUUAGUGCAUCAUUCUGGAAAAAUAAAAAAGAGUAAGAGGCACGGUGUGAAGUUUACAGACAGAGAACCGCUGAGUGUUUUUGUCAGGUCGUCUGAUACACAGUUGGAUCUGAAGAGCAGUAUACUGCAGAAGUUGGCCGCGGGUGGCACAAAAUGGGUGAAGAAGCUGUUCUACAAGAUCUCUAUUGCGGUUGUGUCAACCGGCAUGCAAUAUGAAACGUUCGUGUUACAAACAGAUGAAGAUAUGCAAGUGUUAUUUCAUUGUCGUCGGAGUUUUCCGGAAGUGAGGAUACAUGAGUUGUUUGCGAAGCUGGAACAUGGGAUCGAUAGUUCUGGUGCAUCCGCUCCAAACCCCCAGUCCACCACGAUGGAGGGUGCCUCCACCUCGAUGCCCGUCGUUGCACCUGAGUGUUUGUUGGAGUAUCGGCCAGCCGGUCCAGUUGGAGCAUUCACCUCAACUCAUCCAUCUUCAGAUGUAGGACAUGAGGGGGAACCGGAUCGGGUGGAAAAUGCUAUGCUAGAGGAUGAUUCCGAUGAAGAGCCUGCUGACAUUGGAGGGGACAGCGAUAAUGAAAUUCUGACAAACCCAGUAACAUGUCAACCACCGUCAAGUGCCGGCACACAUGAGCAACCUGUACAUUAUUCUACCCUGGACUUGGGAGCCAUCAGCCAACCGACGGUAUCAGCACUAACCUUUGGGGGUCGAGGCUUGCACAAGGAAAAUUCUAUAGCUGAAUUUCAAGUUGGCCAAUCUUUCCAUAGUAAGAAGGAAGCUGUGCUUACUGUAAAAGAUUACAGCAUUCGAUGCGGUGUUGAGUAUAGAGUGAUGGAGUCAGAUCAUCUUAAGUACCAUCGGAGAUGCAAGAAGUUUGGAAAGGGUUGCACAUGGAUGAUUCGCAUCAGCCUUCGAGCACGGAAGGAAACCUGGGAGGUUCUGCGGUACAACGGACCACACAUAUGCUUGGCUACAUCGAUAUCCAGCGACCACCGACAACUAGAUUAUCAGGUGUUGCAAGAAGCUACCGAAGGAACGUACGGGUUCAAGCCAACUUACAGGAAGACGUGGUUGGCAAAACAGAAGGCGGUAGCACAGAUAUACGGGGACUGGGAAGAGUCCUACGCCGAGCUACCUUGUUGGAUCCUUGGUGUGCAGUCCACCAUGGAGGGGACGGUUACGUUGUUGAAGACAUCUCCGGUUCGCGUCGGUGAUGACGUGGAUGACUCAACCGUGUACUUUCAUCGUCUUUUCUGGACAUUUUCUCCUUGUGUUGAAGCUUCCCGACAUUGCAAGCCAUUGGUAAGCAUAGACGGUACUCAUCUGUAUGGCAAGUAUGGAGGGACUUUGCUCCUGGCCAUCGCUCAAGAUGGGAACUCCAACAUCUUGCUUAUUGCUUUCAGUCUCGUAGAGGGGAAAAAUGCCGAGUCUUGGUCUUUCUUCCUGACUAACCUGCGGCAACAUGUGACUCUGCAACAGGGGAUACUGGUCAUCUCAGAUAGGCACAAUGGCAUCAAGGCUGCACUAGAGAACCCGAACAGUGGGUGGUUACCCCCGCAUGCGUACCGAGCAUUUUGUAUUUGGCAUGUUGCAGCUAACUUCGCACUCAGUUUCAAGGGCACGAAUGCAAAGCGUUUGCUUGUGAACGCUGCUUAUGCGAAGACUGAGGCAGAGUUUUACUAUUGGUUUGAUAUAAUGCGAACUGAGAAUCCGGCAAUGUGUGAUUGGGCGAACUGA